AAUAUAUUAAGACGGACUCCGCACGUGGAAAGUUACUGCAACUAAAGGAGGGCGAACCACCCGCCGUCUCCAAGUCUCUAUGACAAGUCGCAUCUUCAAUUCCUCCGCUCCCCUGCGCCAGUACAUUCAUUGCAUAAGAGCGUUCACUGCAUCUCUGACGGUCUUUUCCUUUUUUUCCUCUUUCCUUUUUGUCCUUUUCUAUUUCAUCAUUAUUAUUCAUCCACCCUGGAGGCUGCGUCGGCACGAAUGGCAGCUAGGGACCGUUACGGUGCCUACGCUGACCCGGGACUUUCACCUCUCCAACGAGCUAUUCGAAAUGCUUGCGAUCCUAUGAACUACGAGCCCAAUCUUGCCCUGAACAUCGAAGUCGCCGACCUGAUCAAUAGCAAGAAAGGCAAUGCACCCCGAGAAGCAGCUUUCGAAAUUGUUCAUCUCGUCAACUCGCGAAAUCAGAAUGUAGCAUUGCUUGCGCUGUCGCUUCUGGAUAUAUGCGUCAAGAACUGCGGAUACCCCUUUCAUCUUCAAAUAGCUACGAAGGAAUUCCUGAAUGAGUUAGUACGAAGAUUCCCCGAGAGGCCGCCUCUCCGGCCCUCGAGGAUCCAGCAUCGCGUGUUGGAAUUGAUAGAGGAAUGGAGACAGACAAUCUGUCAGACAUCGAGGUACAAGGAAGAUUUGGGAUUUAUUCGGGAUAUGCAUCGUCUACUUCUCUACAAGGGCUACUCUUUUCCCGAAGUUCGCCGUGAAGAUGCCGCCGUGUUGAAUCCAAGCGACAACCUUCGCUCGGCAGAGGAGAUGGAAGAGGAGGAGAGGGAGGCACAGUCGGCCAAGUUGCAAGAGCUGAUCCGAAGAGGCACGCCGUCCGACCUACAAGAAGCCAACAGGCUCAUGAAAGUCAUGGCGGGUUUCGACAACCGACACAAGACCGACUACCGAGCAAAGGCGGCGGAAGAGGUGGCCAAGGUUCAGCAGAAGGCCAAGCUCCUCGAGGAGAUGCUUCAGGGGUUGAAACCUGGAGAUAAGGUCGCUGAAGGAGAUGUGUUCGAGGAACUUGCAGGCGCACUACAGAGCGCUCACCCGAAGAUCCAGAGGAUGUGUGAAGAAGAAUCUGAAGAUCCGGAAGCCGUCAACAAACUUCUAGAGAUCAAUGACAGCAUACACCGUACGAUUGAACGGUAUAAGCUGAUGAAGAAAGGUGACUUUGAGGGGGCGACGAAUAUCCCCAAGGGCACGCUGGGCACGAAGACGGGGGUGUCGAAGAACGCCAACAAUGAAUUGUCUCUCAUCGACUUCGACCCCGAGCCGGAGGUAGAGGAACAUAGCACGGAGCCGGCCGCCCAGACAUCCAGCUCACUGGAGAACGAUCUAAUCGGGCUUUCGUUCCAAGAUCAAGCACCAGCAGUGACCAAUCGCAUUUCAUUGGGACAAGUGAAUCAGAUACCGUCGUUUUCAGGAGGGCUGAGCUCUCCUGCCCCACCUGUGCAGCAGAUCCCUGCAGCAUCCAGGCCUAGCUUCGACAUCCUCUCGUCGUUGAACCAGCCGCGAUCGGGGCCUCAGUCUCCAUCCAUGUCUCCACAGCCGACAGUGACGGCGACGCCUCCACCGCCGGCGGACCCUUUCGCAUCGCUAAUCUCAGGCAGUCCAAGGGUGUCAAGUCCGUUCCCCGCUAGGGGAUCGUCGCAGAGCCAGCGACCAGCAGCGGCACCAUCAUCGCCUCUCCUGGAUCUGGGGGGUCUCAAUACUUCGGCACCGGCGACCAGUCGUCCGGAACAGACAGUGGGCCAGGCGGCGGAGGAGGAUGAAUGGAACUUCGCGUCGUCGCUCCCGGAGAGCAACACACUGCCCAGCAUGAACCGGGUGCAGAUACUGAACACGGCAUUACGGGUUGAGUUCGUCGCGCGUCGACACCCACCGGACGCGCGACAGAUACAGGUAGUGGCGCUGUUUUCGAACACGACAAACCAGUUACUCAGUGAGCUACAUUUCCAGGUAGCCGUGGAAAAGGCGUACCGACUGCGACUGCGACCGCAGUCCGGGAGGAACAUUGCGGCAUUGCAGGCGAACGGGGUACAGCAGGAGAUGCUGAUUGAGGGAGUGGAGGUGGGCAAGGGCAACCAGGUGAAACUGCGAUUCAAGGUGUCGUACAAGGUUGGAGCGGAGGCGAGGGAGGAUCAGGGCAUGGUACCGCCUCUGGGAAUAGUAUGAGAAUGGAGUAUGAGCUGCCAAGGAAUACGCACAGCGGAUGGAGAUGCACAACUGCGUACAGUGUAGUUACUAGGGUAAUUAUCACAGAAACAGAAAGUGGACAUGACUAACCGCAUCUGGAAAUUGCAGGCUCUGCAGUCUCGAAAGCAUACCACCGAUGAUGCUGAUGAUGAUAGGAAUAAUAGUAACGAUAGCAUCGGGUAGCAAAGUAGAACAACAAGUCCGUGAUGGCAUGGUAGGCAUACGCGGAUCCGAAUUGCCACUCAGGGCGCAUCCAGACGUGCAGCGCCAAAGUCUAUAGUAAUCGUGCCGGGCGAACAGACCAUCUGGAACCGCAGUUGGGAA